GCCGGAGCAUGGAGCCCGGCGAGCCCCGGGAGCCCCGGGAGCCGGGGCCGGGGGCAGAGAUCGCCGCGACCUCACGCUGGGAAGAAGCCAAGACUUUCUACGACAACCUCUCGCCCAAGAAGAAACCCAAAUCGCCCAAGCCUCAGAAUGCCGUCACCAUUGCGGUGUCCUCCCGAGCUCUGUUCCGCAUGGACGAGGAGCAGCGGAUCUACAUGGAGCAGGGCGUGGAGGAGUAUGUGCGCUACCAGCUGGAACAUGAGAAUGAGCCCUUCAGCCCGGGGCCGGCCUUCCCCUUCGUCAAGGCUCUGGAGGCUGUGAACAGGCAGCUGCGGGAGCUGUACCCCGAUAGUGAAGACAUCUUCGACAUCGUCCUCGUGACCAACAACCAUGCUCAAGUGGGCGUCCGUCUCAUCAACAGUAUCAACCACUAUGACCUGUUCAUCGAGAGGUUCUGCAUGACAGGCGGGAAUAGCCCCAUCUGCUACCUCAAGGCCUAUCACACCAACCUCUACUUGUCAGCUGAUGCGGAAAAAGUGCGGGAAGCCAUUGAUGAGGGGAUCGCAGCUGCCACCAUCUUCAGCCCCAGCAGGGAUGUGGCUGUGUCCCAGAGCCAGCUGCGCGUGGCCUUCGACGGGGAUGCCGUGCUCUUCUCAGAUGAGUCGGAGCGCAUCGUCAAGGCCCAUGGGCUGGACAGAUUCUUCGAGCAUGAGAAGGCCCAUGAGAACAAGCCUUUGGCUCAGGGCCCUCUGAAAGGCUUUCUGGAGGCUCUGGGUAGGCUGCAGAAAAAGUUCUACUCCAAGGGCCUGCGACUGGAGUGCCCAAUCCGUACCUACUUGGUGACGGCACGCAGCGCAGCCAGCUCUGGGGCCCGGGCUCUCAAGACCCUGCGCAGCUGGGGACUGGAGACAGAUGAGGCCCUGUUCCUAGCUGGAGCGCCCAAGGGUCCCCUCCUUGAGAAGAUCCGCCCACAUAUCUUCUUUGAUGACCAGAUGUUCCACGUAGCUGGGGCUCAGGAGAUGGGCACGGUGGCUGCUCAUGUUCCUUAUGGUGUGGCGCAAACCCCCCGGCAGGCCGUGCCCACAAAGCAGGCCCCAUCUGCCCAGUAGCUGAGCUGCCAGCUUUACCAAGCCACGUUGCUCCAGGCCAGGCUCCCUGUCAUACUUGGGCACCCUGACCAGUGGACUCCACAUUCUCUGCCCUUCUGCAUGUCCAUCCUCAUCCCUGUGACUGAGGUACAUGCAGGAAAUGAGGCAGAUGAGGCUGGCGUUCUCACCAUCUCUUCUUUCAAGCAAACACUGUGCCACGAUUCCUGGCUAGGAAAGUAAGACUGUGCAGAGUAGCUGGAUUUCAGUGGGAAGCUGGGGGGACUGAGAGUGGGAGGGUCAGAAAAGCCAUACCUCAAGAGGGACUUGGGGUGAAAACUAGCUCACUGCAGUGCAAACUACCCUGUUUGGUGAGGGAACACCUCUGACUUCUAACUGCAUGACUUUGAGAAAGUCUCUCCCCUUCAGGGGGCCUCAGUUUCUUAGGUGCUGUUUGUAGGUGGCUUUCAAACUCUCCAUUAACCAGAGCAGCUUGGUUCUAUGAUUGCCCUCUUUAGGGGAAGCAUUUCAUGCCAGGGCUGCUGCUAGAAUACAGGGCCCCUUUGUGCAAAUUACAAAAGGACGCACCCUCUGGGUGAUGAAUUACAAAGACUUCCCUUCCUCUGGGCUGACCCACACCCAGACGAGGGUACACAGCUGGGCUAGCAGGUUAUAGGGUGGAUUUCCGCCCCCACUCACCCCUCAGCCCACAGGCCUUUAUCAAACGGGCAAAAUGCACAGUUGUCAGCAGCAUCCCUUUCUUUAACUUUUAACGUUUAGAAACCACUGGACAAAAUGACCUUAUCCACUUCCUGUCCUUCUGACUUCCUGUGCUUCUCUGAUCUGGGUCAUCAGGGGUCAGCUGCCAGGUGGAGGGUUUGGGGAAAUGUGAGGGGAGUGAAUUCAACUGGCGUGCCAGUACUCCUCCUGCCAGCAGGGGGCACUGCAGGCUCUUACUGGGGAGGAACAGUAGUGGCUGCUCAAUUCAUUAGUGGCUUCCUGUGCUUCCUGUGCUUCUCCUUUUAGCCAAAGUUCAGUUGUUCCUCCCUGCCUACCCCUGGGCAGUUAAGCAUGUCUCCCAGUGGGGAAAGAGGUGGAGUGAGUGUGUCUGCUGUUAUGGCUCCAAAUGCCGAGGAAGAAAGCUCAGUGGCUGAAGACGGAGGCUGUUUCCCCUGAAUCACAGCGUUAGGUGGUCCUGCCUGGGGUCAAGCGGGAAGUUGACCAGUCGGUGCUGCAGUGUGCCGAUGGCUGGUCUGAGACACGCGGUACAGAGGGAGUGACCGGUGAGACAGGAAGGAGCUGCAAUGUGCAUUAGCAGAAUUCUCCAUCCACAGAAUUGCGAUGGAAGGCCCCUGUCAGAGCUGCCUUGGAGUUAACGAGCUCUCUGUCACUGGGGUGCAUUGGGAGGGCUUCCAGGAGGAGGUGACCUCCCCCUGAGAUGCACAAGUGCAUCCUCCACCCUUGCAGGAGCUCCAGCAGCCUCCUGCAGCCACUUCUUCACCACUUCCAGGGGUCAACUCUCACUGCUUGAUGAGGCAGCCUCCUCCUUCGCUGACCCACCAGGCUGGCUCCGGAGGGAAGAUGGAAGCCCCGAUGGCUGGGCCCUCAGGAGGAUCAGGAAGGGGUGAGCAGACACCUGUGUAUGGGACUGCCUGUCCAGCUCCUGGAAGGAAUCUUAGCUGUAAGCAAGCACUUUGUGAAGGAAACCAAAGGUAUCAUCCAAGGGGAUGCCUAGAGAUGUGUGGAGGACAGUUGGAACACUGUGGGGACAGGAAGAAGGAGUGAAGGGCACCCUGGGACCUGGCUUCUGUCCCUAUAGGGACUCAGCCCAGGGUCUGGGUGACCACAGGUUCUGGACAGGGUGUGGCAGAGUGUAGUUAGUUACUGAAAGAUAAUCCAGGAAGGAGAAAAAUUGAAAAGACAGAGAUGGUUCUUGAAAUGAGCAAUAGUUUGGGCCAGAAGAGACAUUCUGAGCUGGGCUUUUGCUACAAGUGCUAGAGGCCUCCAGGAGGCCGGUGCUGGGGAGGAAGGGCUGUGCUGAGUGGCUGUGACAGACACCCACGAUGAUCGCCUUAUCAGGGGACACCAGCAUUAUCAUGCCCAGAAGGGCAUAUGAUGGAGACGUCUUUGUACAAGGUCAUUUCCAUUUUCCAUCCCACAGCCAGGAUCCUUCUGACCAAAGGGGAGGUCUCGGGCCUGGUUUCAAUCUUGCUCUGCUGCCAGGGCUCCAAGCCCAGCCAGAGAUACCAUGAGACCAAAGAAUUGGAAAUGGUAAAAGGAAGUGAGAAAGGGAGCUCAGCCCCAGAGUCACCUUUGAUCUUGGCCAGACGGCAAAAUGGUCCCUCGGGGUUUGAAUCACCCACUUGUCCAGGCCUCCCAGGCUCACAGUCAGUGGCUGUAAGAAGGCCAGGCACAGCCGAGGCUCCCAAGCCUGGCGAAUGGUGCUACGCUGCAUGAGCAAGCUGGCCAUGUGGACUGUAAAGGCAGCACCAGAUGUUGCCUAAUUAAGAUAGACCCCAGGGACCCUGGGACCCGUGGAGUCCUGCCCUGGGAGCCUAGUGAUGGGUACCAAUGAUUCUUACAGGACUCUCAGGAAGCAGGAAAAUAUGAUGCUGCACACAGAGAGAUAGGUGCAAUAAAAGCCAUGGAUUUCACGGGAAGACCAUUAAUAGAUGGAGACAGCCCUGGGCAAUGGAGAGACACUGAGGGUCCAAAUUCUAUUACUGAAACCAUAAAUGAGCAUCUCAGGCUUGGAAAAAGCUUUCAGCGGCUGGAAUAAAAGGCCAGAAGUCCUGGGGGCAGGUUUAGACAGCAGCCAGAACAGCCUUCCAAUUGCUCCAAGUGGUGAGGAGGAGCCCGGGGAGAGGAGCAGUUUACGGUAUCACCAGGCAAAUUAAAAUGCCCCAGGCCCAAGCAUGGACUGCAGCUCCUGAAACAUUGGACCCCCUUAGCUGAAAGCUCUGGUUCCCCAACAAGUCCUGCAGAUCUCUGGUCCUGGGAAAUGCUAGCCAACAAAGUCCCAGACCCAGUGGAAACUGCCGCUUAGCAGAAACACAGAAGCCCUGUUACUAGGUUCUGAGACUGCUACAAUCAUUGCAGAACAGCCUCCUGCCCUUCCUGAGAGCCCGGUCAGAGUGGUGGGGAUGCAACAGAAUAUGCCAGAAGAACUUGAAACCAGUGGGAAAUUCAAAUCCAAGAUGGAUCCAGUGUAAUAAUAAAUAAUAGGACUGAUAUUCAACUGGGGUGCACCAGUACAGCCAAACAGAUUAUUAAAAUAUGGGAAUACCUCUAUAACAGUUGAUAAAUAGUGUUGCUCUGAGCCCCUGAGUGUCCCUCCAUGGCCCCAGAUGACCCAGCAAAAGGGGCCUCUAAGUACUGGCACUCUGGCCAGUGUCCACUCUGUUUGGUGGUGCUUUGGCCAUGCUGGUUCAGAGAGGUAAAGUAACUUGACCAAAGUCACACAGCUUGUAAGUGGCAGUGCUGGGACUCACACUUGUAUGUGUCUGAUGGCAGGAGCCAGGCUCUUAGUCGUUAUGCAAUACUGCAUACGUAUGCAAGGAGGUGGCACGAGAAGCUUCAUUCUGAGGUCUUCACCAAAGGAGUUAUCUGACAGUGUAAAUUAACACAUUCAUCUCCUGCAUGUUAAAAGGCUGUGAUACCUUUGAGUGGGUACAUUGUUAUUAUUGUUGCCUGUUCUGGUUUACUAGAGCUGCCAUUAUGCAAAAUAUCGGAAACAGAGUGGCUUUUAUAAAGGGGAUUUAUUAGGUUACAAAUUUACAGU